AUGGUGAACGUUCAACAUGUCAAUCCCUUCAAUGACGAGGAAAAGAAUAGGUCACAGAGCUUGAAAAGCGUAGAAAGAUGGGACGAAUCACCAGCACAUCGAAAAGAGACCGGAAAUGGGCGUAUCGGAAACGUGCAGACAUGGAGGGCGGUGAAAGAGUACAAAAAAGCCCUGUUCUGGGCAAGCUUUGUUGGCCUUAGUGGCAUUAUGUGGGGGUACGAUGUAUUGAUCGGUGCUGGUCUUCUCUCCUCGCCAAAAUUCCGCCAGGACUUUGGAUACGAAUAUAAGGGUGCGUGGGUCCUGCAGGCGAAGUGGCAGAUUGCUUUCAACACAGCGUCGUCCAUCGGCGGCUUCGUGGGAUGCAUAGCCAUGGGAUAUCUAGCCGAUCGAUUUGGGAGGCGGUUGGCACUGGCGGCCGCAUGCUGCUUGAGCUGUGCUGCCAUCUUCGCCCAGGUCUUCGCAAGCCAGAAUGGAGUCCUCCUGCUAGGGAAGCUCAUCAACGGAGUCUCUCUCGGAUCUUAUCUGACGAUCUCGUCGUCCUAUGCCGCGGAGGUGUGUCCAGUCGAACUGCGAGGUAUCAGUACGUCUGGUGUGAACCUAUUCCUGGGCAUCGGAGAAUUGCUUGCCAAUGGAGUCAUCAAAGCUUGCGGAACCAGGACCGAUCGUUAUGCGUACCGCUUGCCAUUCGCGUGCCAAUGGGUCUUUCCGGUCUUUAUCCUCUGCGGGCUCCACUGGUGUCCCGAGUCGCCCGUCUGGCUAGUCCGACAGAACCGGAACGACGAUGCUGUCGACUCCCUUGCCAGACUUGGGUACCGAGACAUCGCCAACACCCUGUCCUUGAUUCAGGAGGCCAACAAGCACGAACAAGAAGAGGCGGCACAGAAACCAGCUUCAUACUCGGAUUGCUUCCGAGGAACAGACAGACGCCGGACCGAGAUCGCCAUGGGUACCUUCGCCGUAUCGCAGUUGACUGGUUGUGUGUUCAUCAUAGGUUACUCCACCUACUUCUUCGAGCUGGCUGGACUUUCAAACGAUAAUGCGUUCUCCCUUGGGCUAGGAGUUGGCGCCAUAGGAAUUGUGGGCAACAUAUUCUCAUGGUUCUUGAUCAAUUCUGUCGGCCGCCGACCUACGAUCCUUUGGGGUGCCUGCAGUCUUUGCCUCAUGCACCUUGUGUUAGGCAUUCUAGAUGUUGUGCCUUCGAAUGGCACUGGUAAUGCUUGGGGCCAGAGCGUUUGCAUCAUCCUCUUUAAUUGCAUAUACUUUCUAUCAGUGGGCCCAAUCGCGUGGGCACUGUAUGCCGAGAUAAGUUCGAGCCGGCUUCGAUCUCGAACAAUCGGCCUAGGGAUUGUUGUCCAGAAUCUCUUCGGCAUCUUGUUGCCGACGGUCAUCCCGUAUAUGGUCAACCCGGACGAGGCGAACUUGAAGGGCAAGGUUGGUUUUGUAUUCGCAUUCACCACAGCGCCGUCCGUUGUGUGGGCGUUUUUUUGUGUUCCAGAAACCUCUGGGAGGAGUUUCGACGAGUUGGAUGCUAUGUUUGCAGCGCAUAUUCCGACAAGACGUUUCAAAGAUCACAAAUCGUGA